AUGAACCCAGACUUAACAAACGAAAGACUUCAACAACAAGAACUGAACCAAAAGGUCUAUCAUGGCCAAGAUCCCAACGACUCUGCUGGUGGGGAAGACUCUGACAACGAAAAGCCUACUAGACGUUCAGGCAGAAGAAAGAUCAAGAUUGAGUAUAUUGAAGACAAGAACCGUAGACAUAUUACUUUCUCUAAGCGUAAGGCUGGUAUUAUGAAGAAGGCUUACGAGCUCAGUACGUUGACAGGAACACAAGUCUUGUUGCUUGUUGUAUCAGAGACAGGAUUGGUCUAUACUUUUACAACUGUCAAGUUGCAACCUAUUGUCACUAAGCCUGAAGGAAAGAAUCUUAUCCAAGCUUGUUUAAAUGCACCAGAC